AAUCUAAGUGAAACUAUUUGGAACCUCAAAAGUAAGGGCAUUGGACUUGGUUUUAGUUCGUUGGACUAAAUUAUUAGUGUGUGAGUGGUUCCGUCCAACCACAAUACGGGUAGAUGACGUCACCGCCGGUCACAAUGCACGGCCAACAUUUUCUCUUUCGUUCGUCCCGAAUCCGAUCCUUUACCUUCCAUCCUCAUCUUUCUCUCUCUAACUCAUUUUCCCUCACUUUCAUUUCUCUCUCUCUCUCUACAAUAUUCCGAUCAACCGUAAUAACCACCGCCCGACCCGGCCCAAUUGUAAUCCAUGGACCGACCCGGCCCAACGACGGCCACUCGACCCCACAGCGGUGGCCGUGAAGAUUGUUGGAGCGAAGGAGCCACCGAGACCCUAAUCGAAGCCUGGGGCGACCGUUAUUUGCAGCUUAACCGCGGCAAUCUCCGUCAGAAGGACUGGAAGGAGGUUGCCGAAGCCGUCAACGGCCGUGAUAACGGCGUUAAGGCGUACAAGACGGACGUCCAGUGCAAGAACCGAGUCGACACCUUGAAGAAGAAGUACAAGCUUGAGAAGUCUAAGCCUCUUCCCUCGGCUUGGGUCUUCUAUCCCCGGCUUGAUUUCCUCAUCGGCUCUAACACCAAGCCUACUACCGUUACCUUAACGAUCAAGUCCGCUAAGCCUACCAGUUCCAGGGCUGGACCAAAGCCCCCGGUCUACGCUGUAAGAUCGCCGGAUAGUUUGCCGGUGAAUGAUGAUAACCUGGAAGAGGAGGAGGAUGAGGAGGACGGAGGGUUUGACGGAACUAGAGUGGUGGUGAGGAAGCAUCGAAUGGAGGCACUAGAUUUAUCGGAUGGUUCUGCUUGUAGGGAAUUGGCUAGGGCGAUUUUAAAAUUUGGGGAGAUUUACGAGAGGAUCGAGAGCUCAAAACAGCAGAAGAUGAUGGAGCUAGAGAAGCAGAGAAUGGAGUUUGCUAUGGACCUUGAGUCACAAAGGUUGAACAUGUUCAUGGACGCUCAAUUGGAGCUGGGGAAGAUGAAACGAGCGAAGUACGCCCCUGGUUCGGGGAAGAAGUAAUUAGCUGAGAUGUGAAGAAAUCAAUGUUCAUAAAGGAUGUCUAAAUCUGGAAAUCUGUGGAGUCCACGUUGGAUUUAUGUAGUUAAAUUACACAUUUUCCCAGGCUAUCUUAUUAUUAAAGUUCAAAUCAAUUGUUGUAGUGUCUUUAUGUCUUUAUGUAAAUAGUUUUUCUUUUGUUUUGGUAACAAGUAUCUUGCACCUACCGUUGAAUUAUUGAGAGAAAGUAUAAUGUGAUCUCUUCAAAAUCACCUUAUCCACUAUAAAUUAGUCGGUUUUCCAAAUUCAGCACUGGAUAAUUGUUCUUAAAGUGUCUUGUCAUUUUAAAUUGAAGAAAACAAGCUAUUCCUCUG